AUGACCUUCGACCAUGCCAUUUCCCCAGUCCUCUUGAAGAACCACGGCCCGACGACGAGCCGGCCAGCUUCCAAGAGACGGCUUGUGUUCCAGGCAGCGUGGGCCAUCCUGAUCAACCGCUAUGCGGGCGUGGAGGAUGUCUGCUUCGGAUAUGAUACAGGUGACGAGGGAAUAUCUUCAGCGAUGCCUGAUUGUAAUCAAACCCUGAUCUGUCGUGCAAACAUCACCCCGGAGAAUCCCCUGGGGGAAACGAUCCGGAGCAUGAUGAGGCACCUCAAUGACGCUAAGGCGUAUAGCAAUUACUCUAUUGGAGAGGCUCAGAAGCUUCUCGGGCUACAGGACAAGCCGCUUCUCAAUUCCGGUUUACAUUUUCAGCAGCAAGGACAGCACAAACGGAACUUGAAUCAGUUCGAUAUUGUAGCGAAGAUCAUGAUUCACGAUGAUGCAUCGCUCUCCAUAUCCGUUCGCACUCGCUCUUCGUAUUGCUCUGCAGUGCGCACUGCGGAUGUUGCCCAUACUUUCGCCAAAACAUUGCUGGAAACUCUGAGCGCGCAUCCCGAGUCUAUGAUUGGGGAGUUGAACAUUGUUAGUCAAAGAGACUACGACCAGAUCAUGGAAUGGAACAAAGACGUUCCGCAGUCUGUAGAGACCACGUUUCACGAGUAUUUCGAAUGCAUCGCUCAGCAAAUGCCUGACUGUCCGGCGAUUUUUUCACGGGAUGGCAACUUCACCUACCGUGAGCUUGACACACUAUCCACCCGACUUGCCCGCCGACUCGCGGAUCUCGGUGUAGGGCUGGAAACACUAGUGCUGAUUUGCUUCGACAAGUCGGCCUACGCGAUUGUUUCUAUGUUGGGCAUUAUGAAGGCGGGUUGUGCCUUUGUUGCCAUCGAUCCAUCCUAUCCUGCUAGUCGGAUCCAGGCGAUUCUCCUCGCAACUAAAGCCACCAUCGUGGUGGCCGAUCCCGCUCAUGAGCAUAUCUUCCAGAAUGAUGUGGCACAUGUCGUGAAGCUCGACGCUCAAUCCGCAGAAGAGCUUCCGCUCACGCCGGCGACGGUUGCAUCGCGGCCGUCUGCUUUCUUCUCGAAUCUCGCGUAUGUGGUCUUUACAUCCGGGAGCACUGGCAGCCCGAAAGGCUUCCAGGUAGAGCACCGAGCCCUCUGCACGGCGGCGCAACACCUGGCAACCCCCAUGCGCAUUGACUCCAGUACACGCCACUUGAACUUCGCCGCAUUUACGUUCGACCUCAGCUACGGAGAUAUCUUCGUGACUCUGGCCCAAGGCGCAUGCGCGAUCGUCCGCAUGGAAGUCAACUCCGCUUGUUUGGUCCCUAGCGUAGCGCGGAUCCUCCGGCCAGAAGACGUGCCUCGGCUCCAGACCCUCUCCCUGGGUGGAGAGGCGCUGGUGCAAGAGAAUCUGGCAAUCUGGGCGCCCAGAAUUGCUCUGAACAAUAUGUAUGGCCGACAGCGCGGCCAACAACAUCGGCCGUGGCGUCGGGGCCUUGCUUUGGAUCACCAAUCCUAUCGAUCACAACCAACUAUGCCCUCACUGAGGCAAUCCAUGGUCAUUUUGCCCUCCACGGGCGUCUUCACGUCCAGACUGGUGGCCGUCGUGGUCCUGAAAUCGAUCUCUGCCAGCCAGGAAGCGACGCACGAGCUGAAGGCUGUGACGGGCCGUGCCAAAGAACAAUCAGUGGCAGAGGUCGCCAAAAUCAAAGCCUUCCUGGCGUCGAGAGUCCCCCACUAA